GAGAUUAUUCCGAGCAAGUGUUAGGAGCCACAGGCAAACAUACACCCGAAUAUAGAAUGACAGAGAUGGCUAUGUCUUAAAUAACGCCGUAGCUCAUGGAGAGGACAGACAGGUCCCACUAAGGGUGCCGUCCAGGUAGCUUCUUCCAGAAAACUAUGGACAGCAAAGAAUAUCAGGGAGCCCAUUUGGCCUUCAAAUCACGCUGGCACAAGACAGAUGAGGAACUUUGUAGACAUAGUAUGUCCUUUGUACUGCACAAGGCAAUCCGGAAUGAUUUUUUCCAGAGUUAUCUGUAUCUGCUGGAGAAGCUACCACUGGUCAAACUUUAUGCAUUGACAAGUGAAGUCAUCAAUGGUGAAAUGCAAUUCUAUGCCAGAGCCAAAAAUUUCUACAAGGAGGUGCCAGCAUCAGAAGAUGGUAUGAUGGGAGAUUAUGUCGAGUUGUCCAGUACAGAUACUGAGUCUUCUAGGGAAUUCCUUAGGAGUUUUGUAGGGAUAUCUGCUCAGGGUCCCGGCAAAGCUGGCACUGAUUUUGCCCUUGACUGUGGCUCAGGCAUUGGUAGAGUCAGCAAGUAUGUUCUCCUUCCCUUCUUUGAGCAUGUGGAGCUGGUGGACAUGAUGGAGAAUUUUCUGACUGAAGCUCAGAACUACUUAAGGGGUCAAAAACACAAAGUCAACAUGUACUAUUGCAGCAGUCUCCAGCAAUUUACUCCUACACCCCAAAAAUAUGAUGUAAUCUGGAUUCAGUGGGUUUCAGGAAACCUGACAGAUAAGGAUUUGCUAAGUUUUUUUAUCCGCUGCCAGAAUGGCUUAAAGGAAAAUGGAAUUAUCAUCUUGAAGGACAAUGUGGCUCGGGAAGGCUGUAUCCUGGACCCAUUGGACAGCAGUGUCAUUCGAGAUCUGAGCAUCCUCAGCAGCCUCAUUGUAAAGAGUGGACUCACCAUCCUGAGACAAGAAAAACAAGAGGGCUUCCCUGAGCAGUGUGUACCUAUCUGGAUGAUAGCCAUGCAGAAGAAUGGUGGCCAAACCAGAAAUGGGAUGUUGUAGUAAGCCUUAAUACGAAGCGUAAAGGCUGUUGAAAUGGGACUAAAACAAAGUGAACAAGCAUCAGAGAUAGGAAAUAAUAAAAUCAAAACAUCAUCCUUAAAUUUAUUGCAUAAUUCCUCCAAGGAGUAUGCCCCCCUUCCCCCAGCAAAUUAGAAGGUAGUCUAUAUUAGUUCAAGAGAUAACAAUUGCAGCCCAGGAUCACCAAAGUGAAUGUCAUGAUUGAGAUGGGUAAGAGGUAUAGGGGACCCUUGAAACCUAUGCCGCAAAAGUGUGUUUGAAAAUGCAUCAUAAUUGUAUUUGUUGUAUUUUAACUGUAUUUUUAACCUGUCACAUACAGACUGUUUUAUUGGGGUUUUUUUUAAUUUUUGUAUUUGCUUUCUUUUAAAUUGAUCAAAGUGUGUGGCUGCUAGCUGCCUUGAGUCCCCUCAGGGGGAAAGGUGAGCUAUAAAUAAAGUUGUUAAUAAUAAUAAUAAUAAUAAUAAUAAUAACUACUCAUGCUAAAAUAAAGGUAGUCCUAAAGGUGUUGCCACAGUCCUUUUCUUCUCUCCACUUUCCUCCAUAUUUAUAGUGCCAGAAAUUGAUAUAGAUGCUUCUUUGAAAACUGGUACACAACGUAACCUUAAUUUCUUAAACACUCAAGCCUCAGUGUUCCAAUGGGAUCAUAAGUAG